CUCCCGGGCUAUUCGCGGAGAAGAGAUAUAUUUGCAAACACCAACGAACUCAGAAAAAAUCAACAAGCUAUACUCUUUAACAAAACCACAUGGGCUGCAAAAGUUACUAAUGGAAAUAAUGAUAGAACUAACUUUACAAUACGGGGACCCCUUGCAAGGCUCACGCCUCCUCAAGGACAAAGCCAUGAGGACAAAAGGGUGAUGACUCGUCUAGAUCGCGAUCACGAAGCACGGAAAGCAGGACCCUUUUCACUACACCAGAAACUUCAGCGCAUAAUUCCUGAUCCCUCUCUUGUUGUGGACGCAUGA